CUUUAUCUUAAGUGCAGAAAAUGUGAGCUAUACGAAAAUCCGUGAUGUAAUUGCACUUAGAACAUAUACAAAGUAAUUACAUCAUGCAAAAACCUAUCACGUUUACGUCUACGUUCUCGACAUAAUGGAGGCGGUGGAGUUGUCGGAGGACGUUUCAGUGAGGACACAAUUCACCGUCGAUGAUCUCGAUAUAGAGAUAUUGCCGCUUAUUUAUGAGAUUAUUCGCAGUGUUGAGAAAGAUCCGCAUGACACUACGCAGAAGGCGAAAGAGUCACAGGAUACCAGUCACAAGAUCUUAGAAUUACAGAAGAAGUUAGAUUCCGCAAGAUCACAGAUCAAGAGAUUACCAGGGAUCGAAUAUAGUAAGGAGGAACAAUUGCAAAAGCUUGAGACUUUGCGUAAACAAUUAAGACUGAAACGUGAACUUUUAUUGAAAUAUCGUAAUACGUGCACGUUUGAAAUACCGAAAGUGUAGACGCUCACGCGCAUGUUUGCGAGAAAAUAGAAAAACAAUUUUCGAAGAUGCCUUUGAGAGCUCUCUUCCGGUACUUAUUAAACAAUGAAAACUUGAUCAACAGACUAGCAGAAUCCAAACCAAUAAGGCAAACUGCACAAUUUGUAGUGUAUGCAUUGACUCGAGCAGGUAUGAUCAACGGAACGCGCCGCCCUUUCUCUAGUCCAGGAGACUUUGUUAAACAACUGAAAGAGAUUGCAGACCAAUUAAAGCGACAAUUAGAAGAAAAAAAUAAGUUUAAGAAAUAGUCUAUGUAGAUCACAUAAUUUAUUUGUCAAACCUUAUGGUUCCUAUGGCGAUGUGAAUUCUUAAAUAAUUUUUGUAAAGGAGCAUGUGAAAUUCUCUCAUGUAAUAAAACAAAAAGUUUCAUUUAUUCAAUA